UGCAUUAUGGAACUGGUUGUUCUCUUCAAUAACAACGAGACGAUCAACACUGAGAAUCUGCGUUGAAACAAAGGAGUUGGAAGAAAACCAUGGAAACACCUCCGACGAAACUCAGCGUGUCUGACAUUGGAAAAUCUGAUGCAGGCUUGUUGCAGAGUAAAGAGCUUUAUCAGUAUAUCUUGGAGACAAAUGUGUACCCACAUGAGGCUGAAGUUCUGAAGGAGCUAAGAGAAAUUACGGCUACCCACCCACGGAGUUACAUGCUUUGUGCAGCAGAUGAAGGUCCCAUAAUGUCUCUACUUUUAAAGCUCGUCAAUGCAAAAAAGACGAUUGAGAUUGGAGUCUACACUGGAUACUCACUCCUUGUCACUGCUCUUGCGCUUCCGGGAGAUGGCAAAAUCAUAGCUAUUGAUCCAGAUCGGUCAAUGUUCAAGAUAGGACUACCAUUCUUCAAAAAAGCUGGGGUAGAACAUAAGGUGGAGUUCAUUGAGUCUAUUGGUCUCCCUGUUCUUGACAAACUACUCGAGGAUCCAAAUAAUGAAGGAUCGUUUGACUAUGCAUUCGUCGACGCGGACAAGGGAAAUUAUGUAAACUAUCACGAGAGACUACUAAAACUAGUGAAGGUCGGAGGAAUGAUUCUCUACGAUAAUACACUUUGGUCAGGUACAGUUGCUUGGGAAGAUGAUUCAACACUUGAUGAACAUAUGAAGAGGGUUAAAGAUGUCUUUGUUGAUCUAAACAAGAAAUUAGCGUCUGAUUCUCGCAUUCAAGUUUCGCAACUCCCUGUUGGUGAUGGUCUCACAAUGUGUAUGCGUCUUCAUUGACAUAUUUUAUUUACUGUCUCAUGUAUAAUUAUGUUAGACCAUGUGUUGUCGUUGAUGGUCUCUCACAAGGGGUAUCUGCCACUUCACUUUCAAUUAUGUAGCACUAGAAAAUUAAUGGUUGAUUUGUUAUUUUAUUUUUUUUCCUA